UUUUCCAUCACACAACUUCUACCCAACAGAAAUUGGCCAAAUAUUAAACAAACGAGAAAAAAAAAAAAAAAAAAAGAGUACAAAAGUUUGAGUACUGUCUUUGGAGUUUCUAAGCCCCUACAAAAACCCAAAACAUAUUCUUCAUUUUUCCUCCAAUAAAAAAGAAGGCAAACUCAAAAAUGGGUCAGACACUUUUGGAUGCUCUGAACGUACGAGUCGUAGGUUCAGGUGAGAGAUUUUUGGUGUUAGCUCAUGGCUUUGGAACAGACCAAUCAGCUUGGAAUCGAAUUCUUCCAUUUUUUCUCCGAGAUUACCGUGUUGUCCUUUACGACCUUGUCUGUGCCGGCAGUGUGAAUCCUGAUUUCUUCGAUUUCCGACGUUAUACUACUCUUGACCCUUAUGUCGAUGACCUUCUUCAUAUUCUUGAUAAUCUUGGUAUUGAUCGUUGUGCUUAUGUUGGCCACUCUGUCUCCGCCAUGAUCGGAAUUCUCGCCUCCAUUCGCCGCCCUGAACUCUUCUCCAAACUCAUCCUCAUCGGUGCUUCUCCCAGGUUCUUGAAUGAUGAAGACUACCACGGUGGAUUUGAACAAGGAGAAAUAGAGAAAGUAUUUUCAGCAAUGGAGGCAAAUUACGAGGCAUGGGUUAAUGGUUUUGCUCCGUUAGCUGUCGGAGCAGAUGUUCCGGCGGCCGUACGAGAAUUUAGCAGGACAUUGUUUAAUAUGAGACCAGACAUAACAUUGUUUGUGUCAAGGACAGUGUUUAAUAGUGACAUGAGGGGAGUUUUAGGCCUUGUGAAAGUUCCAUGCCAUAUAUUUCAGACAGCAAGGGACCAUUCUGUACCUGCAUCAGUGGCUACGUACCUAAAGAACCACCUAGGUGGUCGGAAUACAGUGCAUUGGUUGAAUAUUGAAGGUCAUUUGCCCCACCUUAGUGCCCCUACUUUAUUGGCUCAAGAGCUUAGAAGAGCUCUUUCUCAUAGGUGAAUCUAUUUCUACGUUGGUCGGACUUUUCAGAAAUGUUGUUGCUCUCGUAUUAGAUCCUCCAAAAAUGUACUAUUUUAAAGGAUUUGACAUGCACCUGAUAGUAUUUCUGAAAAGUUCGAGCAAUAUAGAUCUAUCCCCACCUCCACCUCACCCCAACCCCGACACACAACCAAAUUAAAAGAAAAAAAAUAACCGUGGUUUUUUUAGUUUUUGAAUCUUCAUACACUACGUGGAUUUGAGGAAAAUUUUGGAUUUUUACCAAAUACGAUGUUGAGAGCAUUCAAGAAUAAUAGUCCUUACAAAAAAUGUGAAACACACAAACUAUGCACAAGUUUUGUGAGUUUUCUUUUUGUGCAUUGGGAGUUACUUAAAAUGUGCUUAAAGAUUUUUGUCCCUCAAAAUUUUUGUUGUAAAGACUUAUUUUUACUUUUAUUCAAAAUUUCAUAGAAAAAAGAGAGGAGGUUUUGCUUUUCUUGUUCCAAUUUAGUGUGAGGGAAUAAGGUGAAGGAGGUGGUGACACUAGGCGAAAUGGUAGGCAAGGAUCCAUUAUUAUUAUUAUUAUGAGAUAUGAUUAGCCAAAAAAGAUAGGAUAAGAAUCUGCACAUGAAUUUCACGUGAUGAGAGUCCCUCCCCACUAUACCAUUUCCUCUUUCAUCUUUAUAUAUUUUGGCAUUUUGGGUUGUUUUUUCAACCCCACUUUUGUUUUUCUUGCAAAAGUCAUGUGGUCCAAGGCAGAAGUAUCUGUCCUUUUUAGAAUUUUGAGAUAGGCCAAAAUUAUGGCUCUUAGAGUACGGUAGUAUAUUGUUCUAUUAUAAAGGACCUGGCUGAUCAAGAUUUGAACGGAUAAAAUUGUACACUAUUGUCAUUGUUUGCCAAAUCAAUUUUAAUAUCUGAUUUUUAAGCAAGUUACGUAGUGGUAGUACUUUUUUUGUAAUUCAAGAAACAUAGGUGUGUGAAGUGUAUAUACAAGAUUGGUUUUGAGAGAA